UCGCCCUCUAUCGUUUACAUUGGACUCGACGUCCCCUCUUGAUUGGAGGAUCAUUUUUCAUAUCUCUAGGGGUCAUGCUAACAGCUUUGGCUACUAACAAUGCUUUGAUCGCCGUUUGUUUAUCAAUUUCUGGAUUGGGACAUUGCGUGGUCGGUAUAUCGGCAACAAUCGCCUUAAGUCAACUGACAAGCGAGCAGACCUUCAACCUAUUGUUCGGAUUUGGCAUGAGCGGGUUCGGCUUGGGUAUGGUUCUUUUACCACUCCUAGCUGAGCUCUUGGGUGAAGUCUACGGCUGGAGAGUUGGCCUACUCAUUCUUGGUUGCCUAAUGGGUCACCUAAUUCCUUGCGCAGUUGCAAUAAGACUACCCGUAACCGGAAGUCGACCGGUGGACCAAAGCGCGAUUUACCAAGAACUUGAGCAUCGUGGAGAUUCUGAGGAAAGUAUAGCAAACAGCUGUUCAAACGAGGAAGAAGAAAUCGCUCCAUUAUGCCCUAGAGGUGCAGACUACAAUCAGGCAGCUGUUGGUGAAUCUUCAAUAUACUCUUCAUUAGUCAACGGAGUUGAGAUGGAAUCACGUGAAAAUGAAACGAGUGCAAGGCAAACCCUUGGGAAAUUACGUGAUAGUUUUUACCGGUCUGAUUUUUACAGGGACCCUGUUUUUAAUUUUAUAUUACUUACUUCCAUCAUGUUGGGAGUCGUCUACUGCGGCUGGCAUUCAUUUCUGGUACCCCAUGCAUUCCAGAGAGGUUAUUCAGUCCGUGCUACGAUACUGAUGACAUUCUGUGCAUCAGUAGGAAAUUUUCUAGGAAGACUCUUGGCAGGCGCCCUCUCCGGUCGCCUCGCAAAUCCAGUCACCCUGUGCCUCGGUGCUACGCUUUUGAAUGCCCUUUCAAUUUUGUGUGAUGCAUUUCUUCAAAAUUACCAUGUGAUGAUCGUUACGGCGUGUACAUCUGCUAUAUGUAUUGCUGGAAUAUCUGUCCUUUCGCCUCUAUCAGUGAAGAAGAGAGCAUCACCUGAAAGCUUUGAUGUUGCAUUCGCAGUCAACGAUCUAUUUUUUGGCCUUGGUACCUUUUUCGGGGGCUACCUAUCAGGUGUCGUUGGCGGAGUCUUCUUGUCAUACGAUGCAAUAUUCAAGUUUCUUGGUGGUGUACAAAUCUUGGCCUUUGUUCUAAUGCUACCAUAUGCUGUGUUUAAGAAACCAACCGAACUUUGAGUUAAGUCCAUCAUGCAUAAAUCGCCACGCCAAUUAUGAAUCGCAAAUGAAUCCCUAUUAUUUUGCUAUGUUUUUACAACUAGUUCUCGGGGUGUUUAACUACAGUAUAUAUACCUAAGCCUGACUUAACUUUGACUUGUAUUUCAAAUAAUUGUGUAUUGUAAGUAUUUGAGUGAACCAUGUAUACCCGAGUUGGAAUUAUUUCCUCAUGUUGACAUUUUUUCAUUGUUUUGUUCUGUGUACAUACAUUGUAUCUACAUGUGUGUAAACCAGUGAAAAAAAUAAUAUCCUUUAUAGACAAUGAAGUUAUUCAAUUCAAUAUUCAGUUCAAUGUUUCACAAAGAUUUAAGUAUGACUUAAGUCGUGCUUAAAUGUUGCCGCGUACACGACAUGCAACGCGCAAUCUUAUUGAUCAAUACGGUGUAGUGUGCGUCCUCUUGGCAUGAUCAUAACCCCGGGGGGGCCACUUACAUUGACGAGUGGAUACCAUGCGCGACCAAAAAAACACGUAAAAAGGAUGUCCUUUUCACGAUAGGGCACGUUACGUACGUAACGUGAAAAGGGUAUCAAAAACACAAAAAUAAUGAAAAAAGGGUGUCUAUUUCGCUAGGAAAAUUACGUGUUUAGGGUCGAAUUUGCGGGAAUGAUAAAACAAAAUUAAAAUGUUUUAUAAAGGAUGUCCAUUUUGCCCCAACACUUCGUGUUUAGAGUCCGAUUUGCGCGAGGUGUAGAAGGUGGGGUCGUACUAAACCAAAUAAGGUAAAGCCGAUGACCGAAGGACCCGUACAAUAAAACAUUCCUGUACUUGUUUAGGGGUUCAUUUCAGGGAAUAUUUGCCAAGAGUAUCGUUUUGUUUCCAAUACUUGUUAAGGGUAUGGUUUCACACGCCAAUACUUGUUAAGGGGUGCAUUUUCAGAAUAUGGAAAUUACGUGUUUA